AUGGACCGGCCCAGCCGAAGGUCGGAAAGGCAGAAACGUCGCGAGAAGUACUUUUCGGUCGUACGGUUUGAGUGUGCGUGUGCUGUGUGUGUGUAUGUGUGUGUGCAUGGUGUGUGGACGGAGGAAGUGCGACAGUUUUUUGGCAGCGGUGCAAACAGCGCAAGCAGCUUGAGUUUGGAAUUUUCAAGAUACGAGCCAACGCCGAUAUCAUUCCCUGGCCAGCAUGCGAAGCCUGCCGCCUGCCAGCAUCACAAGCGUGCCACCGCCACCGGCACUUCAUCGAAACGGACAUACGCGCACAACCGCCAUCGUCUCCACUGUUUCAUCCAGAAUAACAAUCUGUGCGCACGAAAUUAUAACCAAACUGCUGUCUCACUGAUUAAGAUCGGUCCGCCGGGCAACUCUGUCUUCUCUUGCGUCGAAAAGGGGAACGGAAAACCCCCCCUAAGAAGAUUGAAUUAGCUCAAACAAAACCUUAAACGACGGACUACUGAGCAAACAAAAAACAUCGCUGGAAUGCGGGAAAGAAAACAGGGAGCUGCAGCCUGAACCGACCUUGGCACGACGUAACUCGUUAUUAUUCCUCCUCGAUGAUCUGUUUCAUCUUCAUUAAAGCAACUAAAUAUGCUCAAACAUUUAGGCAGAAAGCUGCCUUG